CUCAUUAUUACAGAUAAGGCGAUCAUGCAUACUAUAGUUAUAUCUUUUGUAUUUGUUGCCUGUUUUGCCUUAUCUAUGGCAUGUAGAUGUGUACUUCAGCAUCCACAAGUAAAAUACUGUAAUUCUGAUUUUGUUGUCAAGGCAAAGGUUUUGGCAAGAAAACCGGGUAACAACGGAUUUGGACAAGAAGUGAAAUAUGAAGUCAACAUUCUUGAAGAUUACAAAAACAGUUACGGUCCAAACCUGGGAAGAAGAGCAAUAUAUACCGCCUCUAGCAGUGCUGCUUGUGGUUCGAACUUUGAUUUGAACAAGACGUACAUUGUAGCGGGAAGUGUUCAAAGAGGUGUUUGGACAACAAAUUCAUGUGAUCUAAAUGGUCUUUAUAAAUCGUUCUCAAGAUAUCAACGAAAAGCUUUCAAUCGCGGAAUAUACAAGAGAAACUGUGGCUGCAAUGUUGUUGACUGCAUCAAUUUAUUUGGUGGAAGGGAGUGUCUGCCCAAGUCAAAUAACCAGUGUAUCAUGAGAUCUAAUAGAAAUUGCUGGUACACUCAAAAUGCCUGCACACAAUCAAAGUACGGAUGUGACUGGGACACCCGUUUCUGUCGUGAAACAUAUAAACCAGGAAAAUAAAAAUCAAAUGACAUAGUGGAAUAAGUGAUGGGAAUCGAAUACAAAAUAGACUGACGUGAUGUUUUCACACUGAAUACCACUAACACCCAACAAACUGACUAAUAUCCCCUCCCUGAUCUCAAUCCAGAGAGUCUAAUUAUCUUAAUGCACCUUAACCCAGAAAUAAACAGCAGCUUAUCAACGUUGUUUUUAAAAAUGAAUUUUCAACUCAACGACCUUCGAGUAACUAUCAGAUAACUAUCGUUUGACCUAGUAAGCAGUUGACCGAUUGCAAAUUGCCUACCCUAAAAGGAAAAUGUAGAUUCUCAUAAUGAACGUACAAACUACAUCUUUGAAUCUUCGAAUAAGGAAAUAAAGUCGAUAGAUACCAGGAA